AUGUCUUCCCUCUCUUCUCCUUCCUCCCCCUCCUCCCCCAAGCGCGCCUUCGCCAGCGACGGGGACCAAGGCCGUCCGUCCAAGCAACAAAAGCUGGACAAAAGGGACGUUCCUGCCCAUUUCAAAGGGCUUAAGAAAGACGAAGCAGACGGCCUGGAGAAGAUCGAGACCUUUCGGGGUCUCAAAAGAUCUUUCGUAGCAAGCUACCCAGGCCAAGACGCGGAGUCGUACAGCCGGCGGGCUAAAAACGUAAAGCUCGACGAAGCAAACGAGGACGAGAUAUCGCGGGCCGCGAAGACCAGCAACCAGUCCAACGUAGCUAUGGCGGCGAAGGAGACCGUCUCGAGGUUGAGAGUAGACCUAGCGAGGAUGCCCGCCAGUGCCCAGCGUGGCAUGGCAAACUUCACGGGUGUCCUCUGCUACAGGAUAUCUCUCCUCCAGGCACUUCUUCACUUGCCUUUGCUCGUUGGAUGGUUGUGGGACUGGCAUCUGCCAGAGAAUUGCGUUGCGGACCAACCAGAGGAAUGUUUCUCUUGUGUGCUACGUCUGCUGGCUCUUUCAUACUGGAGGGCGCCUGGUCACUCCGGUGACCAGCUCCCAAAGGUAUUUAAGGCCAUGCAUAAGACGCUCAAGAGCCUUGGUUGGGCCGAAGAGGGGCAAGCUGACCCCGAUGAACAACUGCUUUUCUUCUUCAAGGCCCAGCGACAGGAGCUUCCAUCCUCGGUGUACUCCUUGGUGGAAGCUAUCUUCCAGUCUUUCUGGACCCAGAAGAUCGCUUGUUCUUGCGGCCAUCAGUCUGUGACCCCCGGCACCGAGUCAAAACUCACGGUCUGCUUGGCGCCCCGAAUUCCCAAAGGCAGCCUCGCAGACUACGUGAAACGGUGCUUCAGUGAGGUUGUGCCCUACCGUUGUGACGGGUGCAACAUCACUGCCGACAGACUGAAGGUUCGCGAGUUCAACCAUACCGGAGAUGUCCUCUGCAUCCAACUUUCACAGCUGGACAACUUCGGGAGAAAGAUCAACUGGGUCGUGCCAAUUCCUUCGCUACUCGACCUGACCUCCCUGCGUCAUGCUACCAACGAUGAUGCCAGCCUGCUUUACGAGUUGACGGCCAUUGUUCAGCAUACAGGGCAGAAUGGUAACGGACACUAUGUUUGUUCUGCUGCUGGGCCCGAUGGACAGUGGCAGCUUUUCAAUGACAAACUAGUGUCCAAGAGUGGUGUUGCGAAUGUGGUACGGGGAUUCGUACCUGUCCUUCUCUUCUUCCGGCGCAAGAAGUAG